UGUAUGCGACCGGUCAAGCAGUCUUGUGCCGACUUCAGCAACCAAUCAAAAGAUCCAUGUAGUGGCUGCGCAAAGCCACGGCGGGGACGGAUAAUGGCUAACAGCAGCCUGGUCUCUUCCAUGACUCUUCUCAUCUCGAUUCUGACUGCUCAAUACACCCUGCUACCCUCAUUAUAUCCUCACUCCCCCAUGGAGGCUUUGGUUGCUGUUGGACUUGCUGGAAACGUAGUCCAGUUCGUACAAUUCUCUGGCCAGCUGAUAGCGGAAACAUCACGCAUCAGGCAGGAUGGCAGCCCCUCCUCGUUGCCAGGCCUACUGAAAAGUUCCGAGAAGUUGAUUACUCAAACAAAGAUAAUCUUCAAGUGUCUUAAGUCGAAGAGCGAGACACUUACUGAAGAAGACCAGCAUUUGAUCGAUACAUCGUUCGAGUGCGAAAGAUUAAGCAGGGAUUUCAUGGUCUAUUUGAACUCUCUCGUCGAGACAGCGACAGAGCAGUCCCCAUCUUCGAAUUCUUCUGGAUCUCGGAAGUCGGCAAUUAAGGCCAGCAUCAGGUACCGACUCGCGCAUCACAAAAUUGAUGCAUUCAUUUCGAAACUCCAGGAUCUUCGCAGUACUUUGCUUUUGAGCACCACACUAGCACUAAGAGGAAGCGCCAAUAGCAAGUAUGACGAUAUAUUGCUGCAGUUGGAAGAACUUCGAGACGACAAAGACAAGGCAGAAAUACUCCAGACCACCAAGCUACUAGAGAAUGCCAUCAGAACUGGAACUGAGCCCAAAUUAGACAUGAUACAAGCACAGAUGAAUGAAUGUUUGGCUAGGAUGAACGACCUCCGAAAAGACUUGCCUCAGUUACGCACCAGGGAAAAAGCUAUAAUCGACUGGCUUGACUUCCCUCAAAUGACCUGGCGAUACGAGGAGGUGCCACUGGCCUACCGACAGACUUAUCGAUGGAUUUUCGAAACACCAGAUCAACAUCGAAAAUGGAACAAUUUCAAGAUGCAUCUCUCCUCACACGAUGUCGCCCCGUAUUUUAUCAAUGGGAAGGCUGGCAGCGGCAAGUCGACUCUAAUGAAGUUUACUGUUGAGCAUCCGGAAACAAGGAAUGCUCUACUGCAAUGGGCAGGGAAUCAUCAUUCGCUCUUACAGCUGAACUUCUUCUUCUGGCACUUGGGUUCUUCACUACAAAAGAACGUGAAUGGUCUUUUGCGGUCUUUGUUACACCGAACCUUGACUGCAUACCCCGAUCUCAUUCCCGCGGUGUUUCCAAAACAAUACCAGACAUGCGUUGGUGGUGGCAUCAUCGAAGAAGAGCCCAGAUUUGUCGAAUUAAAACGAGCUUUCGACCUUGUCGUUAUCAGAUCAUCAAAAUUUCUCAAGAUCUGUAUUUUCGUCGACGGCCUCGACGAAUUUGAGAGCGACCGCGAAGGUGACCAAAGACACGUCGCAGAAUGGCUUCGUUCACUUGCUGAAAACUAUGAGCACGUGAAGGUAAUCGUGUCGAGCCGACCUCUCAAUGUCUUCUUAAACAUCUUUCUCGGGUGUCCCACAUUGAAGCUACAGGACCUUACGAGGAAUGACAUGCACUCAUUCAUUCAGGGGAAUUUAGAAUCUCAUCGAGGGAUGGCCGCAUUGGCUAAGCGUUUUCCUAGGGAGGCUGACGAACUCAUUUCUGAGAUCAGAGACAAAGCUCAAGGCGUUUUCCUUUGGGUCAAGAUAGUUGUCAGAAUCCUCAUUGAGGGCCUGGAGGCAGGGGAUGAUUAUCGGGACUUGCAGCACAAACUGCGAUCUUUGCCACCCGACAUUCGAGACUUGUAUCAGCGUAUGUUCGCCAAGAUGCAACCAGAAUACAGGGUUCAAGCCGCGAAGAUAUUCCAGCUGCUACACUCCUGGAAGUCCACUACUUCGGACCCAUUCACAACCACAGAUCUAUACUUCUCACUUCAAAAUCCAUCCGAUCCAUUACGCGGACCACAUGAGCCAGUGGAUGCUUCGACAAUGGACUAUUUUCACGAAAGGACGGAGCCGCUGAUUAGAAGCCGUUGCUGUGGAUUGCUCGAAGUCUACCAGAAAGAUAGUGCCGACAACAUUUCCAAAUCGAAGAAUGCUAACAUCAUCCAUGCAAUAGACUACCUUCAUAGAACAGUCGCCGAGUUUCUCAUCACACCUGAUAUAUGGAGUGAGUUGCAAGAACAAACAAGACCAUCCGGAUUUGAUCCUUAUCAUAACCUGAUAUACUCUACUCUAUCUGUGAUGAGGACUGGGGGUCAUUGUCUUUCAGCGGCCGAAAACUUUGCGGCCUUAGUCCGAAAAGCACCAGAGCUAGAACCUAAUCUCAUAAAAUAUUAUACGGAGGUACUGGGUGACGCUUUGAAUCAUUAUAGGCAUGGAACCUCAGUACCGGGAACCGCAGGAUCUAUGCACACACACUGGUCUGCGAUUCUCUACUCGCUGGACUCCAAGAUCUGCGAGGCUUCUGGUAUCGAGAAUCUACUGGGCGCAUCUAAUAUAUUCACAUUUGCCGCCCGUCAGGGUCUAGUGGGGUACCUUCGCGAAUUCUGCUCGCCGCGAGACCUGAAUUUUGCUAUACCUAUCUAUUAUGCGCUGGAUAGUUGGAUGAAAUCACGAGACGAGUUGCCCCAGAAACAAGUACCUCUGAAAUAUAGAAGAGACACGCUGCUAUUCGUUCUGGAGAACUACUUUAUGCGAAUGGACAGUUCCACACAUGAGACGAAGAUAAGACAGGCACAGACCCGGGUCCAAUCGAAACUAGCAGAGCGUAUGGGAACAUACAGCGAUGGCUUGGAAGCAUACGCUCUCUUUGCUUCUAUCUGCCUCGUCACAUCGAAGGUCCCAGAACGUUACAUGCGAGACUUCAAGUCGAAUCUGCCGCAAUCCGUCGAAUUGAAUGUCCAUAGCAGUGUCGUGCUUCCUCAAACUUCAACAAUCAAGAACCCCGACGACGAAGACAAGGUUCAGAAGUUGAAAUUUUUCCUAGGGUUGUCCUCGAUUUUGCAGCGCAGCGACGAUCCGCAAAAUAGGUCGUUGGGCCAGCAAAUGGAGCAAAUCACACUGAAGGUUCAUGAAAUGCUUGGUUCAGACAACGAAAUCUUUGGACUGGGUGAGACGCGCGAAAAGUUGGUUCAUCGAGGGAACGAACUUAUCAAGGAAGAACUAUCGAUGUUAGAUCAGAGCAUUCAAUUGAUUAGCUCCAUCAUGAAACGACGCGGGCGAUCUGGGCGACUAAGACGAGAAUAUGCAAACCUCCAGAAUCUCAAAUUCAAUCGCCUCACAACGGCCAAGUCGACCACUGUGAAUGUUCGGAUAGGGUCUGGUAGCAGCAUGACCCUGGAAGCUAAGCCCAUAGAUCGACUGAUGGAGCUGGAAGCGUCGGGUCUGGAAGACAAAAGUUGGUUAACGCUGUUUGCAGAGCAGAAUGGGUCUACGGUAGAGUGUAUGCUACGUGAGCGAGUAAAUGAACUCACUCUACAAAAGCAACAGAUCUCUGCAGUACGAGACGCUUGGGUGAAGAUCCAGAAACAAUUGACGGGGGAUUUGGAAUGGAUUCUAGUUGAAGCUUGA